CAACAACAACCGAAAAUAGAGUAAAGCAAAAGCCAAUCAACCCAAAGAGAUCACUUCCCACCAGAUUAGAUACAUACAUGCACAGAUUAUAGAUUUAGAAAGAGAAACAAAGAAGAAACCAAUCUAGAGAGAGACACAAGCGAUUUGCUUCAUAUUAAGAUUGAUAUUUCAAGGAGUUAAAGAAAGUUUGAAGUGUAACUUGUAAUAUAUAAAUGGGUUCCAUAUCAGAACCAGCCCAUGAGUCAACUACAAGAAGCACAAAACCUCCAGGAAUCAAAUAUGUAGAAUGCACAAAGAAAUCAAACAUUUCAUUCAAAUCCCAUCAAGCAAUUGUGCUAAUUGUCACAUUUCUAGCUUAUGCAAGCUACCAUGCUACUCGAAAAACGACUAGUAUCAUCAAAAGCGCGCUUGAUCCUCAAUCGCCUGACGAAACCUUGCAAUCGGUCUCAUUUUUGCGAAGAUCGAACGCACUUUCGUGGGUUCUUGGAAACGGUUGGGCUCCGUUUAAUGGAUCGAAUGGGACGGUAUUGCUCGGGGAUCUUGAUUUGGCGUUCUUGUUUGUUUACGCGGUUGGCAUGUUCUUUUCGGGACAUAUUGGGGAUAGAAUGAAUUUAAGGAUCUUUUUAACGAUCGGGAUGGUUGGAACGGGUUUGUUUACUUCGUUAUUCGGGCUCGGAUACUGGGCAAACAUUCAUAUGUUUUACUACUACUUGGUAGUUCAAAUGGCAGCCGGGUUGUUUCAAUCGACCGGGUGGCCUUCUGUGGUCGCGGUUGUCGGGAAUUGGUUCGGAAAGAGUAAGAGAGGGCUUAUAAUGGGUAUAUGGAACGCCCACACGUCGGUUGGAAACAUUUCGGGCUCGUUGAUCGCUGCGUAUUUCUUGAAAUACGGGUGGGGUUGGUCCAUGGUGGUUCCGGGUUUGAUGAUUGCGGUUGUUGGAGUCAUUGUUUUCAUGUUCUUACCGGUUGAUCCUGAAUCGGUAGGGGUUGAUAGAGACGAAGAUGAUACCGAAUCGCCUAAAAAGGGAUUAACCGAGCAUCUAUUGACCCCGAAGACCGACACCGAGAAAGGGUCACCUGUCGGGUUUCUCGAAGCUUGGAGAAUACCCGGGGUUGCGCCGUUUGCGUUUUGCCUCUUUUUCGCGAAGUUGGUUGCUUAUACGUUCCUUUAUUGGCUCCCGUUUUACAUUAGUCACACAGCUAUAAGUGGGCAAUACUUAUCAAGCACGGCCGCCGGGAACUUAUCGACAUUGUUUGAUGUCGGGGGUGUAGUGGGAGGAAUCCUAGCCGGUCAUAUAUCUGACCGGCUAAACGCUCGUGCCAUUACAGCAGCGAGCUUCACGUAUUGUGCGAUACCAGCACUAUACCUAUACCGGAGUUACGGGCAUAUAUCCAUGCCAGUAAACAUCAUUCUUAUGCUUGUUAUCGGUAUGUUUGUUAACGGGCCGUACGCUCUAAUAACAACCGCGGUUUCAGCCGAUCUCGGGACCCACAAGUCUUUAAAAGGCAACUCGAAAGCACUUGCAACAGUCACCGCGAUCAUUGAUGGAACCGGUUCUAUCGGUGCUGCGAUUGGGCCCGUGUUAACCGGUUACAUUUCGACCCAAAGUUGGAGUGCGGUUUUCACCAUGCUUAUGGGUUCGGCUUUUGUGGCCGGGUUGUUUUUGACUAAACUGGUCGUGGCGGAGGUAACCGAGAAGUAUCAAGAUUUACGAAGGGGUUCGAGUGGCGACACGCAUCGAUCUAGUGCGGUUGAAGAAGUGUGAUUAGUCGUAAAUAACGAUUGUGAAAAUUGAGAUUUUGUUUAAAGGAGAUGUAAAAUGGACUUGUAUAAUACAACUGUUUCUCCUAGAUUUUAUGUAAAAGGGGAGGAUAUGAUCGGUGUUAAGGCUUGUAUAUGUAACAAUAAUGAAUACCGGACCGGUUAUUGAAUCAACCAUUUAGUUUGAUAUGGUAUUUGAACCGUUAUAAACUGAGUACUCAUUUUUCUUGA